AUGAAAUCGCUGGAGCUACAACCCCCGGGCCUUGCCUGGUGGACGGUGGAGCCCGAUUCUCAGGUCAUCGAGCAUACAAUACAAUGUCUAGUACCAUCAAGCACGAUCCAGGUGACCUUCCUCGCCGAAAGCGCCUUGAACAAAAUUUAUGACGUUAAAAUAGAUAAUGAGGUCUUUGUUAUGCGAGUCUCGUUGCCUGUUGGCCCGUACUAUAAAACUAUGAGUGAAGUGUCGACAGUGGACUGGAUAUACCAUACCACAAAAAUCCCUGUUCCUCGAGUCAUCACUUAUCAAUCUUCCCGAGACAAUCCUAUCGGAUUUGAAUGGAUCACUAUGACCAAAAUGCCAGGAAGACCCUUGAAGGAGCUGUGGCGCUCUUUAUCAUUUUCUGCAAAAGCAAGUUUGGUUGGAGAGUUUGCGGCCUACUCUAGUUGCCUUUUUGGGAAACAAUUUCAGGGAAUUAGAAAUCUCUAUGAGAAAGCAUCGAUUCUCCAUGAUUCCGGAAAGGAACAUAUGCCUGCAAGGUUACCAGAUGUGGACAGAAUUGUUUCUAUGCACUUUUUCUGGGGGUCGCAUAUCCUUCAGGAUGUUCAUCGAGGGCAAUUUACGUCUAAGAAAGACUGUGAGUCGACACUAGACAAUUUACCAUCUAGCGAUCUUGAGAGCGAUGAUGAAGAUGAUGAAGAUGAUGCAGAUGAUGCAAUAAGAACAUCAGAAAUUAUUGGGAAACUGAAGACCCUGCUUCCAUCUAUCUUUUCACCAAAUGGAGACAAUCCGGAGCCCUCAGUCCUGGUUCAUGACGACCUCUCUAGCCGAAAUAUUCUCGUCCAUGAUAAUGGAGAACUAGCAGCUAUUUUAGAUUGGGAAUGUGUUCCAGCACUCCCUUUAUGGAAGGCCUGCUAUUACCCUGCAUUCUUGAAAGGGCCGCCGCGACCAAAUGCAAUGGCCCUAUUCAGGGAAUCACCAUGUCUGGAAAAGCAUACCGGGACUCCACGACAGGGGAAGUCAACCUUUACCCUGACCCCGUCACAUUUGGAACAGCAGUGCCACAGUUCCAUGUUGACUGCGAGGGAAUGA